AUGCAGGCCUUACUUUCUGUGCCGUCCCUGGCAACAGGCAGCAACCUGGCUCGCCUGCUGCAGGACGGCAUUCUGGGUAUCGCUCUGCCAGAUGCAUCCUCCCCCGAACCCGGCAGCAGUCCAAGCUCCCAGACAGUUAUCUACACCUGGGUGUCGGGGUCUGCACCGGUCAGCCUGUUACCUCAGGAUGGCACCGGCACUGGCACUGGCCGAGCGCUGGACAUCACGGGCCCGCCGUACACAUGCGAGUACGACUGGCUGCCAGCGAUCUACAGCGCAGACAGCCGCCGCGUAGAUGCCACCGUGUUGCCCAUAUCGCCUCAUAGAGCCUCAGGCGCCUCACGCACAACAGCAGAUGACAACGCAGAUGCGCUGCAGCAGCAGCAGCAGCAGCAGCCGCCCCGAGGCGGCCUUCGGCUCGGUGUUACGGCAGCUGCCUUGGAGCGCUUGGCUAGCAGCGAUCCGGAGGAUGUGCAGCAGCGCGCCUGGCAGGAAGCCGCGGUGGCGGCCGCGGCGGGACCUCACGGCGGGGGCGGCGGCGGCGGCGGCGGCUUCGACCUGGACUGGCUGUACCGCGCAGUGAAGCCGUCGGGCGCGGAGCCCCAGUGGAUGGCUGACCCGCCGGAGCUCCGGCCGCGGCUGCGCCCCUACCAGCGCCGCGCAGUGGCGUGGAUGCUGCGGCGGGAGCAAGUAGUACUGGAAAGGGAGCAGAAUGACGAGGACACCACCGCCGCCGCCACGGGCUUCAACAGUGGGAAGGGAGGAGCGGAGCAGCGCGGGGAGGCAGCGCAGGUACAGCCCCCGCAGGGUCGGGAGGCGAUGGAUUGGGAUGCAGCAGUAGCAGUAGCAGCAGCUAGGGGGCCAGCGUCAGCAGAUGUGCAGGAGGGGGGAGAUUUGCGCGCCGCAGCGCCGCCGCUGCAUCCGCUGUGGCGGCGUCUGCGUACGCUACCCGGCAGCGCAGCGGAGGCGGUGUACGUGAAUCCCUAUACGGGUGCGCUGGCGGCGGUGCCGUUUCCGGCACCGCAGCCCGUGCGGGGCGGCAUCUUGGCGGAUGAGAUGGGUCUGGGCAAGACGGUGGAGCUCCUGGCGCUCAUCACUGCAAACCGCUUUGGGCCGAAGUCGCAGCCUGGGAUGGCGCCGCUGGUAGCGGCUGGGCAGGCGUUGGACCCGGCCGCGGCCGCGGCGGCGGCGGCGGGGGGUCGUGCCAAGAACCGUAAGGACUGGGCCUUAUUUCCCGGGGGCGGGGCCAUCGUGAAGUGGCUGAAGUGCGAACGAGACGAGCCGUUACUGGAUAGUGCCGUUUAUGGGUGUAGAUCUAUGUGGGGCCGACGAUAUAAUGGUGGUGGUGUAGGGGGUACCGUGCAACCCACAUCGCCCGCAGCCGCAGUGGCAGCCGCCCGCCAGCGGCUUCCGGAACGUGUUGACUGCCCGUGCGGCGUCAGGGCAGAUGACCCCCACGACCCCGAUGUGGAGGAGUACGAGGGGUUGUGGAUCCUGUGUGAGGGCUGCAAUGCCUGGAUGCACGGCGCCUGCGUGGGCGUGAAGAGGUCGCCGCAGCGCAGUGCCGCCUGGGUGUGCAGCCGGUGUCUGAGGGCCCGUGCGCUGGCGCCGGUUUCGGAGCCAUGCGGAGCAACCCUGAUUGUCGUACCGUCAGCCAUCCUGCAACAAUGGUACGACGAGAUUCGGCGGCACGUGCACCCUGGAGCGUUGCGGGUUGUGGUGUACGGCGGUCAAACUCAGCCGGGCGUCAGCGGCUCGGGCGCCUUGAUCUGCUCGGGCACCUUCACCCCUGGCCGUGUGGGCGGCACUGCCGUGACGUGUGGGACUGCAGCGGCACCCGGUGGCCUGCGGGGCCCUGCGGACCGAGGAGUGGACGGGGACGGCAAUUUCAGUGUUGUGGAGGCCGAUGUGGCGGAGUCCAUGGUUGGUAGAUGGGUGGUGGUCAGUGCGGCCCAGCUGGCGGCGGCUGACGUGGUGCUGACCACCUACGAUGUGCUCAAGCGGGAUGUGGCUCGCCAGCCGGAUCCGGAGGGGCAGGAACGCAGCCUACGACACGGCAAGCGGUACGAGGUGGUCCCCACGCCGCUCACUCGCCUCCGCUGGUGGCGGGUGGUGCUGGACGAGGCCCAGAUGGUGGAGAGCAGCACCGCGAAGGCCGCGGAGAUGGCGCUCAAACUGGACACCGUGCACAGGUGGUGCGUCACCGGCACUCCCAUCAGCCGCGGACUGGAGGACGUGUACGGCCUGUUGGCCUUCCUGGGUGUCCGUCCCUGGACUGAGCGGAGGUGGUGGAGCCGCUGCGUGCAGCGACCCGCGGAGGCGUGUGACCCGGAGGGCCGCCGCCUGCUGCUGCACCUGCUGCGACCCAGUAGGGCUGUAGGCGACUGCGCAGCAGGCAGUGGCGGCGGUGGCGGUGGUGGUGGUGAUGGUGGGUUGAUGUGGCGCAGCGCCAAGCGGGAUGUGGAGUCGGAGCUGGGUUUGCCGCCUCAGAGCACCCACCUCCGCCAUCUGAGGCUGAAUGCAGUGGAGCUGCACUUCUAUAACCGGCGGCAUCAGGACUGCGCCACCAAGGCCCGCGCCGUACUACCACCCAGAGUGGUGGCGGCCAUGGAGUCAGGCAGGCUGCUAGGGUACGGCACGGAGGAGCAGCAAGAUCAGCAACAAGACCAGAUGACGGAGGCCACAGCAGCAGAGGCUGAUGUGGGUGAGGGGGAUCAGCCGGGGCGGCGAGUAGUAGAAGAGCAGCGGGAAGCCGGGCGGAGGCCGCUAGCGCCGGGGGCAUCUGAACCGGCGACAGGCUCGAGCCAGACGCAGCAGCAGCUGCACCUGCAGGGACAGCUUGGGAGCCAGCAGGGGCCAGAGCAGGGCGACCACCACCCCUUGUGUGGGGCACCGCCGCCAGUGUUGACGACCCCCCGCGGUGUUGACGACCCUCUCCGGGAGCUGCAUGAUAUUCAGCGGCAGCGUUGGGAGCUGUGGCGUCGUCGAGGUGCGGAAGAGGAAGCGGCCGCCGCCGCCGCCGCCGGAGAAGGGGGCGGCGGCCAGGGUACGACGGUGAAUGCAGGCGGGGUGGAGGAGGGCGGAGAAGAGCACGGUCGCGGCGGCGGGGGUGGCGGCGGGGGUGUUCGGGCUGGCAGCCCGCCCAGACUUGAAGGCCCGCGUAAGGCGCUUGAGGCGAUGGCGUCGUCGUUGGAUCGGCCGUUGGCGCCCCAUGAGGCUCGUAAGCUGCUGGGGCCGCUUCUGAAGCUGCGUCAGGCGUGCUGUCACCCACAGGCAGGUGCUGUGUGCCGAGGUGGUCUGAGUGUGGGGGCAGGCGGCAUCCGCACGCUGACUGUACCUGGGCAGCCGCACCACCCGCACUCCCACGGCGGCCACCACAACGGCCCCAUGACUAUGAACGACAUCCUCGCAGUCCUGGUCACCCGCGCCAAGUUGGAAGCCGAGGAGGCUCAGAGGCAGCUCAUUGCCGCCAUCAACGGACUGUCCGCGCUCCUAAUAAUCCAGAACGAUGUGGUGGAGGCCAUAGCCACGUACCGAACGGCCCUGCGGAUUAUGGAGGACAACCGACCCGACAUUGACACGGACCCCCUACAGCGGCUACACACGCUUCACAACCUCGCCCAGAUGAUGGCCAUAGCUGCCUCGGCUUCCGCACCCGCCGCGCUGGCCGCCGUACCCCGCACGCUCCGAGACCACACCCUGGCGGAGGACGCUGCCGCCAUCCGCAGCCGCUACCUGGAGCAGCGGACGCAGCGGCUGGUUUCACAGGAGGCGGAGUACAAGGAGCUGGUUUCCGCAUCGUCGCCCUUCCACGGGGCUUCCGGCUGGUACCUGGCGGCUAUAGACCUGCUGGUGGCGGCCGGCCAUGGUCCGUCGGCAGUGGCCCUCAUCGGAGAGAAGCUUCUGGAGGGAGAUACAUACCGACAGAAGACCGAAGUUAACGCCAGCAGUUUGGCCCUCAGGCUCACUUCGCUGUUGGGGCUCAAGGUACUGCUGAACGACAUCCUGGACUCCCUGGAGGAGCACCGGGCGGCGGCGAUGACGGCGCUGGAGGACCUGGGCGCCCGGACCCGGCUGAGCCAGCCGCCACCCGAGCUGGUCGAGCUGGCGGGGCAGUGCGGGCGCUGCCGCGGCGGCCCGGUACGUGCGCUGGUGUGCGAGCACUGCCGCCUGGACGAGCGGUUCAUCCAGUGGCAGGUGCGGCUGUUCGCGCUGUACUCGCGGGCGCUGACGGCGGGUGCCACGGUGACGGCGGAGGAGGCGGCGCGGCGGGCCCAGACGGCCAUGGUCCUCCGCAUGUUGCUGGCCCUACUGCGACAGCAUUUCCGGAGGGGCGGGGAGGCUGGGAAGGUGGAGGAGAUCAUUCGGGAGGGCAAGGCCCACGUGGAGCGGCUUGAGGCUCAGCGGCGGCUGCUGGUGGCGGCUCGCGCUGCCAGUCUGGCCCAGCGCAUGUUGCUGUACGCACAUGACGAGCUGGCUAUGGCGACCGCGAGGAUGAGACUCGCCAGGGAGGGUGAGCCCAUAGGGCCGCAUGAGGGCAAUCUGAAGCUGCACCCCGCCGCCGUACCCGUCAAGAGUGUGGAGCUCACGAACGACCGCAUCCUGGCGGAGGGGGACCUGCGGAGGACGUUGGGGACACUGAGCGACGCCCUGGUGGCCAAGACGGUGCCGCCCAGCACCCCGUACCACCAGAUGAGGGUCACCUGCCCCACCUGCCGGACCAGGGUGCACAUCGCGGACAUCGCCUACAUAGAUGCGGGCCUGCACCGGGAAGAGGCGGAAGGGUGUGUGUGUGGUGGGGGCCCCGGCGGGGGCCCCGGCGGCGGCGGUGAAGGGCCCUGGGGGGCCGAGGCGGCUGUGGUGGUGCGGGGUAGUUUCGGCACUAAGAUAGAGGCCGUGGUUCGCAGGGUCAAGUUCGUGUUGGGCCAGGAUGCGGCGGCCAAGGUCCUGGUGUUCAGUGGCUGGGUGGACCUGCUGGAGCUGGUGGCGGCGGCGUUGGCGGCCAACGCGGUGCCGUACGUAGUGGCGAGGGGGAGGGGCGGGAUGACGGCCGCGCUGGCGGCGUUCAAGGACCACCCGGGGGAGGCGGACGGGGUGGGGGACGAGGGGGACGAGGGGGAGGUUCCCCCAGGAGCCGACCAGGACCAGGACCAGCGGACAGUGGCCGCAGGGCAUCACGGGAAGAGAGCCCUGACAGCCCGAGAGGAUGGCGCCGAUGAUGAUAUUUAUGAAGCAAACAGAAGUGCGGAGGCUGCGAGGAGCGGAGGAGAGGAAAAAGGCGAGGGUGAAAGCGGUGAAGGCGCCGCCGCCACGACAUCGUCGUUACUGCCUGUGCUAGGCGGAGGCUGCGGAGGAGAGGAGGGCCAGGAGCAGCUGGGGGCAGCGAAAUCGCCCAGUGGGGCGCUUGUUGCUGCUCGUCCGUUGUCGGCAAGUACUCCCGUGAAGCAAGUCGUGCAGGGGAAGCCACGUGUGCUGCUGCUGCAGCUGAAGCAAGGUGGUGCGGGCCUGAAUCUGACUGAGGCCCAGCACGUGGUGCUGGUGGAGCCGCAGCUGGACCCCGCGGCGGAGGCUCAGGCAGUGGGGCGGGUGCACCGAAUCGGGCAGUGCCGUCCCACCCACGUCCACCGCUUCGUGGUGGUGCAUACCGUGGAGGAGCAGGUGUACAAGUUGGCGACUGCGAGGGCGCGAGGCAUGGACCUGUCAUCUGCAGUGCCUGGAGGCGGUGGUGGGGUUGGCGGCGGCCAUCACCACCAUGGGGUCAGGGGCGGCGGGGCGGGAGGCGGCGACGGCUCCGAGCACCUCACGUUCCUACCUGGACCACCUUUGCAACCUGCUCCACCCACUGCCCGAGGGUAG